AUGGCAAAUCAACAAACUAUCAAGACUUGGCCAGAAUUUUUACGGCUUCAAGGGAGUUAUGAAACCAAAAUAAACACACUUAGAGCUUCAAAUUUAUCAUAUAUUAACCCUCAAACCCAAAGACCUCUGUAAUUUUCUAAUUAGUGCAUGAGUCGCUUUAGUUGACCCACGCUUUGCAUCUGAGUGCUUACAUUUUUUCCACACAAUUAAAAAUCAAAAACAAGUCACUAUUUCUGCGAAUAUCGCAAAACAAAUUCGAAAAGAAGCUCCAGAAUCAUAUAUAGGAGCAUUAAGUGCAUUAAAAGGGGAAGAAAAAAUUCAAAAAAUAGUUACAAUCCUUAGUAUGUUUGUUUCAAAAAGAGCAGAUAUUGGCUAUCACUCUGGGAUGAAUUUUAUUGUUGCUGUGCUUUUAGAAGUUUUUAAAUUAGAAAGUGACACUUUUGUUAUGCUCUGUCAUAUUAUUGAAAAAAUUUACCCUGGAGUAAAUUAUAAAUAGGAUUAUUUUAGCUGCGAAAGCCGAAAAUUAGGACUUCAUAGAGAGUUAAGAGUUCUUGUAAUGAUGGCGUCAAAACUUAGACCAAGAUUGGCAGCUACAUUAAAAGCAGUUUUUAACCCGAAAAACUCAAACACAAAAGAAGAUGAUUUAACACCAUUUGUGAGCACAAUUAAAAGAAUUGGGUUUUCAUGAUUUUCAACACUAUUUGUUCCUAAUGUGCUGCCGUUUGAUUUGCUUACUCCCCCCCUCCGUAAGUGAACAAAAUCAUUAGAAAAAUCGCUAUUUUUUGCCCAAAAAAACCACCCUCGUGAGUGAGCAAAAAAUUUUUUAAUAUAUAAAUGAUAAUUAUUAUAAUGAAAUCUAAAGCUAAUUCUGUUUAAUUUUAAACGAAUUGCUUUUUAGAACAUAAAUUUUACAAAUUAAAUUAAUAUUUGUUUUCCAAUUUUUGCGAAUUAGGAUUUUUUUAAAUUUCGAAAAAAAAAUUUUUUAUAAAAUUUAUAUAUAAAUUUUUUUAAAAAAAAAAAUUAACCCCCCUCCGUGAGUGAACAAAAUUUUUUUGUUCACUCACGGAGGGGGGAGUUAGGAUAUGAGAUAAUAUGUUGAUCCAUGGCUUUGAAUUUGUUUUGAAGCUUGCCCUAACUCUGUUAAGCAAGUAUGAAAAGUUUUUAAGAAACACAAUUAAAGCAGAGACAAAAGCGAUUUCACUUGAAAAUUCAGUUGAUUCUUUAUUAGUUGCAGGAAAUUUAACAAGAAUGAAGCUCAUGCAGAAAUUUGAGAAGCUGCCUAUAGAAAAAAUGAUUAAGAAAGCAAUUGUUAAAUCAACAUAUAAAAUCCUGAAAAGAGAUGAACUAUUAGGUCAAGCUGAAAAUUUAGAAAAAAACCACUUGGAAAGGCUUUAUAGACUUAGGCAGUCAAAAAUGAUACUAAGGAACAGAGGCUUGAUUUUUUCUUUUAACGAAGCUCUUGAUAUAUACCAAUCUUUUGAUCAAUUAAACAAAGAAUUUGUGACUAGAGAAGAAUUUGUAAAAAUCGCAAAAAUGAGAUUACAGUGAUAUCCAUCCCAUGCAUUAAACAUUUUUAACACUUUUGACCAAGAAGGAAAUGACUCAAUAGAGAUAACUCAAAUAAAAUCAGGCUUAGCAAUCCUUACACAAUGCUCAAUAGAUGAAAAAUUAACCCUUUGUUUCCAAGCUCAUGAUAAAGAGCGCUCUGAACAUUUAUCCCCAGACGAUAUUUUUAAUUUAAUUUCUUGUAUUGAAAAGUCAUUAGAUUACCGCUCAGAAUAUUUUAAGACACAAUCAACAGGUUUUUUUGAAAGUUUAGAUAUAAAUGAUGAUGGAAAAAUACCAUUGGCAGAGUUCAUAAGAUCUGCAAAGAUUGAUCCUUCGUGCACUCCUAUUAUUGAUUUUAUUAAUGCAGUAGAAUCUAAUGAAUAUAUCCAAGUCCCAGAGAUGAAAAUGGCCCAAAUCCACCUAGAAGGGACUUUUAGUGAUAUUCAUUCUCCGAUUACCCCUAUUUCUGAUGCGUCUCCAAUGUCUGAUAUUUCAGGAAUCGAUGAUCUCCCAAAUGAAGAAAAUAAUUACUAUGAGCCAGAAGCUCCUAUUGAAAUUCCUCAGAUAGAAAUUAAUGAAAAUAUAGGAGAGAUUGUGGAAGAAGUAAAAAAUGAUACUCCAAAAAUGGAAGAAAAGCAAGAAGACAAGCCAAUUUUUGAUUUUGGGUUUGAAAAAUUUGAUAAUGGAGGUAUUGAUGAAGACCAAUAUGAUACAGUUGUGAGGACUGAGUCUCUGACAGUUGAUAAUAAAAUACCUAUUGAAUCUAUUGAAUAUCCUGUUUUACAUGAAUCUUAUGAUAGUAAAAGAAAAAUUGAACUUCCUGAGCCCGUAAUGGUUCCUAAAGAGCCAAGACCAGGGUGUUCUAGAUUAUGUACAAGAGAGACUUGCUUAAUUUUUUAA